GAAGUGGUCUGGACUUUUGAGAAAAUUAAAGGAAAAAAGGUGUUGUUUUUUAAGUAUUUAGAAAUUAAACCCUCCCAAUAGCUUGGUGUGCCUUUGAUCUUGACCUUGAGUUGCUUGCGAUCUGCAAGGCAGCCUUCAAGGGACUUCAAGUUGAAAGGCAGCGUGGGACUGAGGUCCAUCACAUUCACAAAGACAUCCUAUCGUUCUCGUAAAUAGCAUCUAGAUGGAAGCUGAUGUUUCUUGUGACAUAGGGAAGGGCAGGAUGCGGGUGGCCGCUGCCCUCACAGGCUGGGUCGUGCUGCCCUCGGCCUGGCUUCCGUCCUCCGCCUUCUCCCAGGGAGCCAGCCUGGCAGCCUGAGAGGACCUGCAGCCCCAGCACCUCCAGGCACAGCCGCUGAACCCCAGGCCUCACCACAUCGCCAUCCACACCCACUGGCCUCCCUAUGCUCCAGGUAACACCGUGCCAGGUGUUUCGAGACACCCCGGGGAGCCUCGGGGCCCCAGUGACCAAUCCCAAAUCGAUUUCCCCCAGCGCUGCUCCUCCAGCCUCUGCACCAGCAUCUUCCUACAAGCACAGAAAGCCUCUCCGUGUGGCCUGAAGAAGAUGCUGCAGGCCCACCGUGUAUCUGAAGCCUCAGGAGCCCGGGGCGGGGACACUUUGCCAACACUUGGUGAGAACCCCAUCAGCAUCAUCCUGACCAUUGAGGAGGAAGGCCCUCGGCACAGAGUGUCUGUGCCGGGCGGGCAUCAUGCUCUUUCAACGCCCCACACCACCCCCUCAACCACCGUGUGCUGCGGUCCUGCUAUUGGCCCCAUGUUGCCAGUGAAGAAGCUGAUGCUCUGGGAGGACCUGCCCAAAGCCUCCAGCAACCAGCAGAGCGGAGAGCACAAUCCAGACACUCCCAGUCUCCCUGUCGCUCUUUGGCAGCAGUGCACAGACACUCUUGCUGUUGCCCUCACUGGGGCUGCAGAAGAGGAUAGCUUAGAUCCUGCUCCUGCCAGUUCUGGUGUGUCAGAGUUUCCUGGAGAUGCAGGGGCUGUGUUCCAGCCGUCGUCACACACAGCUACUGCAGACAGGCAUGGCCAGCCAGCCAGCGGGGACAGCAACCCAACCUUAGAACCCUCCCUGGAUGUCCGCAGGCUGGAGAGGCUCAUGGCCCUCAGGAGAUUGUCCACCAACGGCUUUGCUUCCAGCCCUAGUGCCCACCACAGGACUCAGGAUGAUCCAAGCUUUGAUUCGUCAGAAACUUGUCUGUCCUCAGACAGGAAUGAACAGGACAAGGUGGAGGCCUCUGACAGGACUGUGAUGAGGCAUCCCCUGGUCACCAUCCCUACCUAUCCUCAGCGCCUCUGGCCUUCUGGAACGCUGGCUGGGGCUGGGGCUGGGGCUGGAACUGGCACUGGGGCAGCCAACCCAACACUUGUCUUCCACACCUCGGCCUCUCCCGGGCCACUCACUACUGCUGGCCAGUUGGAGGCGGCUGGGGCCUCUGCCAGCUUUUUGCCUCAGCCAAAGCACGGGGAACUCAGAGAGGGGGAGGGAAAUGGAGAGGGCAGGGUGGGCUACCCCAGGGAAAUCCACCCAAGGCCCGAGGCUGGGCAAGAGGGAGCCCAUGCCCCCUCUCCAAGUGGGAAUCCUGCUUUGCCUUUGGCCACCUUGGGCAUGGUUUUGGCUGCUGGCCUUUGCUAUCUGCAUCCCCACUGUUGCCACAAAUGGUCAGGGGUGUCCUUCAAGGAGCCUGCAGUGGGUGCGGUUGCCAGGAGUGACGAGGGUGAGGCUGUGCAUGGGGAGAACAGCUGCGUCCUGGUUGAAGCUGAAUACAACUGGAUCGCCCCCUCUGUGGAUAGCAAAAAAGCAGUCCUCGAAGGAGCCGUCGUCCCAGCCUCUCAGGGGCCUCCUCAGACCCUGUAGUGUCUCAGAACAGAGCUAAUGAGAAGAGCAGGGGAGCACAGGACCCGCUGGGUGCCGUCAGCCCGUGGUUAGUGCAGGAAGCACUGAGUCCUUCCCAAGCUUUGUUGUCUCAACAACUGUAUUUAGCUGCUUUCUUUUCCUCUCGCAAUUAGACGUUCUGUUUGAAGAGUUGAACUCAACACAAUGAAUAUUGUAUAACCUGCUCAUUAACUAGACUCCAGUGGCCUCUCAGCUUCCUCCGUUGCCUUAAGGAACCCACAAAUAAACACUGUGUCCCUCCUCCAUGUGUCAGCCUCAUCUCCUCUCUUUGGAGAAAAAAAAAAAAAAAAAAAGGAAUGUGGGGUUGCGUCUCUCGCAAGAAAAAGAACUGUAACUCGUGCUUCACAGAUCCAAAGCAGCCCCACAGAACCGGAGUUCAGAACCAGCUCUGAUGACUGGGCUAGGCGAGCGCAAGGGUAGUCAGAGUAGACGGCAACUCAGAGGUCUGGCAGCCCAGCCAUGGAGAUCGAUGGGAAGUAAGGAGGGCGUGAGGGUUUGAUUAAACACAUCUGUGGGGAAACAGACACACAACAACACGAGGCCAUAAACACCAGUGCGGGGCAAGUCAGCUCUUCAUCAGGUGUGAAUGGAUCUGAGGCCGCCCGUCCAUUUACACUUGAUGGGAGGCUCUUGUAGCUCCACAGUGAGCAGAUGGAUUACCUUUUGCCAAAGGUCAGGCUGGACAAAAAAACGAGGCCAGCACAGUUCGGAGGACAGCCUGGGGUGGGGCUGGGGGGUGUAGGGGGGAGGGCGUGCACUCAAGAGGGUGUUAGGAAGAGAGCACUGUGCACAGAACCCACCCCAGUGCACUGGUGACUUCAGGAAGGUCAUCUUGGUGUAGCCAGAGUCCUAUAGGUACUGCAGAGAGUCAAAACAACAGGUGCAAAUAUAAACCUUGAAUGUGCUCCCCUCACAUGGCACAUCGUUAACUGCCUUUGCAGAGUCCCAGUCCAUUUUCUUUAAGUCUUUAUUGUUUACAGGAUUACAUAUGUCUCCUUUUCCCCCCCAUUGGCC